AUGAUCCUAAGAGAUAUCCUAGUUUUUCUUAAUGAUAAGAAUAUUCUUAAAUCUCCAAUAACAUUAACAAAUGAUCAUAUUAAAUCAGAAUUUCUAACAUUACGUCGACAUAAAAAAUCAAUAUCAAUUGGUAUAUGUCGUUGUACAGAACGAUCUCUGUUAAAUAAUACAACUAUAGAACACUUAAGUUCAUUAACAUUGGAUGAAUUUCAAAAAUUAUCUCUUGAACAUUCAUCAACACCAUCACCUAAUGAAAGUCGAAAAUCAUUAACUAUUACGGAUGAAAUUAUAACAAAUCCAGAUUUGAAAACAAUUUCAAAUAAAAAUAAAUUAUUACACGAACAACACCCUAAGCCAUUGAUUUAUAAACGUAGUACAAGCCCAAAUAGAGAUAGCGGUUUUAUUGAAACAGAUGGCACAAAUACAUCUAUGUUAACAGAUCGUAGUGUUACGUCAAAUGGUAAUAAUAAUAAACGUCGAAGUAAAAUAUCAUUAGAAAGAAGUGAAGAUGAAUCAAUGGAUACACAUAAAUCACUUGAUUCACUUCAACAAUCUAUGCCAAAAAUGAUAACAAUAGACCAAAGUAAAAAGAAACCAUCAGGUUUGAUUUAUUCAAUACAAAAACCUGAUAAAACUGUUCGAAAUCAAGAUGAUUUACCAAUUCAAACUGUAACUGAUGCAUGUUUUAUUUAUCGUCGUCAAGUUGUUAAACAAGAUACGAGUGAUGAUGAAAAAGCAGCUAUGAUUCUUCGUGGUCGUGAAAUAGCUUACGAAGCUGCAAAUGCACCAACAAUUCCAUCAUCAAUGCCAAAUUAUACACGCGAUCAAAUUCGAGAACUUUAUGGUGAAUUAGAUAAAAAAACACGUCGUUUACAAGAUGAUGAAUAUAUAUAUCAAUCAUCAAUAACAAAUUCACCGAAUGGCAAACAUCAAUGGAAAUUAGCCUCACCAACAACUGCAAAAAAAAUUAAUGAAUGUCCAUUACCAAAAUUUCGUCUUGAUAAAACUCCUGAACAUGAUGAAACAUUGCUUAUGGCUGCAUAUUUAUCAACAGGUAUAACGAAUCCACGAAUAAAACCAAUUGUACCUAUUGAUAAUUUUCAUACAGUAAUGAUGAAUGCAAGUGCAAAAGUUAAUGAAUGGGCAAAUACUAAUGAAAUAUAUUUAACACCAAUUAAUAAAAAUAUUCUUCCUAAUAAUUUUCAUACUUUAAAUGAUGAUCCUUUAACAAUGAGUACAUCACCAUUAUUACUUGAUGUUCAGUUUAAUAUAACACAACUUGCUGGUACACCAACCGAUAAUAAUAAUCGACCAACGUUUUUAGAAGUUGUUGAACAACAAACAAUAGAUCAUUCAAAUCAAAGUGUUCAUAAUCAAGAAAAUCGUCGUUCUAUUCAACGACAACCAAAUACAACAGAUACAAUAUCAUCAUCACCUGAUUCAAAUGAUAUUGCUUUAGAAACAACACCAUCAACACCUGGUUCAUGUGGAAUGUAUCUUGAACCUUAUAUGCGUCGUGGUUAUGAUUUACCAUCAGCUGAUCAUGAUAUACGAGAUUCUUCAUGGCAACAUACUGAUUAUGAGGAUAUUGAUGAAUCAAUAUUAUCGAUAAAAGAUAUAACUCCAAUUGAAAGUCCAACAACGCCAAAACUUGAUACUAAUGUUGUUUCAUCACCACCUAUGACAUCUCAAAUAAAUGAUAUGGAUAGCUUAAUUGAUUUGGAUGAUGGUACAACUGUUUCUUAUCAUACAGCUAAAGACUCUCGUCUAGAUAAUACUCAUCAAUCAACAUUAUCAGUAGGAAGUGAUGAAACAACAAGUACUCUUCAUCAACCUAGUAUACGAGAUGACCUUAUGAAUAAUGCCGUCUCACCUGAAGAAAGUUUUUAUUAUGAUGCACUUACAUCACUUUCACAAACAAAUCCACAAACAUCAUUAUCAACAGAUAAACAAGAUGUUCUUAUAGAUAAUUUAACAAAUUUAUUAGAACAAAUUGAAGCAUUUAAUUCUACAAAUCAACACGUAUUACCAACAGUUGAAGAAGAAAAAUCACGUUUAUCACCUGAAGGUGAAGAAUCAACAACUGAUAUUGAUUGUUUAGUUACAAUUGUUGAUGAUAUACAUCAAUAUAAUCAAAUAAAAACAAUCAAUGCAAUGGAUAAUCUUUUAUUUGUAUAUGAUGAUGACAUUGAUGAUGAACAAGACAAUUUAUCAAUUGAUAAUCUUGUUGACAUUGUUCAUUCAAUUCAUCAAACACCAGCAUGUGUUAAUAAUUUACUUUUUGUUUACGACGAUGUCAUAACACCAUCUGAUGAUGAACCAAAACAAAUAAUAAAUGAUUCAGAUGAAGGAUGUUAUGAUAAUUUUAUAAAUGAUUCAAGCGAACAAUAUCGUAUUGAUCAUUUAGGUACCAUUAUACAUGAUGCUUUAACAGUUAGAUUUCAAAAACCCAUCAGACCUAACCAAACUAACGAAGUCGAAGAAUUAACAACGAAUAUUGAUAAUCUAACUACUGUUGUACAUGAAGUUUUAACAACAAGACUUACAACACCAAUUGAUAAAAUUAAUCAUGAAACUGAAGAAUCAAUUGUUGAUACCGAUAACUUAGGUACCAUUAUACAUGAUGCUUUAACAGUUAGAUUUCAAAAACCUAUCAAAUCUAAACAAAAUAACGAAAUCGAAGAAUUAACAACGAAUAUUGAUAAUCUAACUACAGUUGUACAUGAAGUUUUAACAACAAGACUUGCAACACCCAUUGAUGAAAUUAAUUAUGAAACUGAAGAAUCAAUUGUUGAUACUGAUAAUCUCGGUACAAUUAUUCAUGAUGCUUUAUCAACUAGAUUUCAAAAACCAAUACAAAUAAAAUCAUCUGUUGAAUUCGAUUCUACAUUACAAACAGAAAAAAUUCCAGAAUUUAUCGAUGAAUCAACAAUUGAAAAUCUAGAAGAAUCAACUAAUGAAUUCGAUCAAGAAUCAAUACCUUCUAAUAUUGAAACAUCUCCUAAUGAAUCAAUAGAUAAUAUUCAUACAUCAGAAACAAUCAUUUAUGAAAUUGAACCAUCAUCAAAUGAACAAUUUACUAUAUUAGAAUCUCGAUCACCACCUGUUGGUCAUCUAUCUCAAAUAUUAAGUGAUUCACUUUUAACAUGUUCAAAUUAUCAUCAAGAUAAAAAUAAAUUUGAAUUUAAUUUAAAAAAUCAAACGUUAUAUGAUGAAGAAAUUUAUGAAGAGUAUGGAUAUCGUCGUACAACAACAGACUCAAAUACAAAUGAUAUUGUUGAAAAAUAUGAAGAAUUAUGUCGACGUUAUUUAUCUAGUUGUGAUGAAUAUCAAACAACAGCGAAAAAAUUAGAUAAUGAAAUAAAUCGAUUUGAAAAACAAUUACAUGAACAAAAACAAGAAAUUUUAACACCAACAAGUGAGACAACAAGUGAAGAAUUAAUAACAACAAUUGAACGUGUUAUUGAUAUGCGUGAUCAAACAACAGUCAAAAGAAAUAAUACGGAUGAUUAUUGUUCGACAAUAACUGUUCAAAGACAACCAAAUUAUAUGGGAAAAUAUGGUUUUGAUUUUGAAGAAGUAUAUGAUGAAAAAAUUAAAAUUUCAAAAAUUAUUGAUGAAAUGUAUUGUCCCAAUGUAAAUAUUGGUGAUGAAAUUAUUAGUAUCAAUAAUGAUCGAACGUUUAAAACACAUGAACAAUGUCAGGCAUUAUUUGAUUCAUUAUGGAAAAAUUACUAUGAAAAUAUACAAAUAACUGUUAUCAAAUCAGCAAACAUUUCGAUAACAAAAACUUAUGAACCGGUGUCAUUACAGUCAAGCUCUCUAUCUUGGCCAUUAUCAACAGCUGAAUCAGGUAGGACAAUAAAAUGCUUUUUUUUUCCUAUUCAAAUUUUUAUUGAUUUUUGGGCCUUGGAUGUUGCAUGGUAA